AUGGCGGAACGAAAGGCCACCAACAAGUACUACCCUCCCGAAUGGAACCCAUCAAAGGGCUCGAUAAACACCUUCAAAGGCAGUCACCCGCUACGAGAGCGAGCCCGAAAACUUGAUCAAGGAAUCCUGGUAGUUCGUUUCGAGCUACCGUACAACAUCUGGUGUGAUGGCUGCAAUAACCACAUUGGCAUGGGCGUCCGCUACAAUGCUGAAAAGUCAAAAGUGGGCAUGUACCACUCGACGCCGGUGUUCCAGUUCCGAUGUAAAUGCCACCUCUGUGAUAGCUACUUUGUCUUGAAGACUGAUCCUCAAAAUUUAGACUACAUUGUUGAAAGUGGAGCUCGGCGACAGGAGCGCAGGUGGGAUCCAGUGGAGAACGAGCAAAUAGAAGUCGACAAGGCAAUCAAGAAAAGAAUAUCUUUAGAUCCGAUGUUUAAACUUGAACAUGAUGUGGUUGACAAAGCGAAAGCUGCUACCAACAAGAGUGCUAUAGAAAACUUGGAGCACUUUCAAGAAGAUAGGUGGAAAGAUGACUACUCUAGCAAUUGUGACGUCCGAAAACUAUUUCGAACCGAGAAGAAGCAGCUGAAAGAUAUUGCCAGAAAAGAAAGUGCCUUACUUCAGCGAUCCUCACUGCCAAUUAGCCUGAACCUGGCCGCCGAAACGUCUUCUGACGUAAAACUGGCCAAGUUGGCAAGUCUCCAGUCGAAGCAUUCUUUUGAACAGAAUCGCCUUCUUAAGAGGCGGGAUAUAAUGAAGCAAUCCAUAUUUGACAAUUCAAAACGCAGUCGAUUAAAACUCUUUUCCAGGUCUUCAUCUACCACAACGCCCCUCUCCGCCUCAUCGCUAAAGGCUGCCAUUCAAGUGUCAACGAAGAAAUGCAGACAAAUACCCUCCUCUACUAUUGUACCCGACUAUUCUAGUGAUUCUGAUUAA